GGCAAUGAGCAUGGCCGUAGGUGGGACGUGCGGCUCGGCAGGGCCGAUUUGAAACAAAUUGCGGAGCACUCUUUUAAUUCGAAGCUAUUCGCGGAAAUGCAUCCUUACCAAACGAGUAAUCGAUUUCACAACCCUGGAUUUCAUUCGUCGGACCGACGACCACUCUAGGUCGACGAGACUACUAGCGCCGGUAUCAUCAUUCCUCGCUCAGAAAAGCGCUUCGGGAUUUCUCUGCUGUGAUCGCGGAUUUGCGUACAAUUUUGUUUGAGCGGAGACCCCAGCCCUCUAGUAGGAGCUCGAGGAAGCAUGCGUGAGCUGCCCGGUCCCCACCUGAGAGCCGCUGCUGCCCAGGGGAGCCACCGGUCGCAGCAGCCGGCAGCCAUAGAUCUCCCCGGAAGUUGGAGCAUUGGGCUUGUGGAGCUGCCUGCCGUGGCUGCUCUUAACUGAGCCAGCCUGGAUUCUCACAGCAGAGAAUCUAUGGCCAAGUCGGAAAUUCCAAGCAUAGUGGUCCAAACGGGGGGUUGCCCAAUGGAAGGGGGUGGGCGUGGGACCAAUGGGUCGUCCCCGCCCCCAGCCCCUCCCCCCUGUGGCCCACCGCCUCCCCGCGUUCAACCCGUGCGGCUCUCCAAGCAGUCCGAGGUGGAGAUGGCCGAGGAACAGCCAGCGGCACCCGUCACCAUCCGGCUGGAGGUGGGAACCGAAGAAGAGGCCUCCUCCCAGCCGGUGGACAAUACCAGCCGGGCCUCUGCACAGCGGCUAAAGGUGCUAGUGCGCAGCCACGCGCUCCGAGAUGACGCUUCGCCACCUCUGGAUCUCUCGCCCGAGGCGGCCACAGCCUCGCCACAGAUGCUGUCAGUGCAGGGCCCCGUAAGUUGCAAGGUGCUGUCUGGCAACAAGCCUGCCCGCCUGAGCAAGCAGGGCACCAGCAGCUCCCAGGGAAGCCUGGAAGGAUCCUCGCCCAGUCUCUCAAGAGACUCUAGCACGGAGACGUACACUGACUCUACGGGUGUGGACCUGGAGCAGUUCAUAGUGGACACGCUGCACAAGAACCACAAGGACCGGGUGAUGAUGCUCAAGAUCGAGCAGGACCUGCUCUCCCUCGUCAAGGACAACAAAAGGCAGUCAUUCAAGUUUGCCCAGAUGAGCUCGUACCACCGCAUGCUGGUGCACCGGGUGGCAGCGUACUUUGGCCUGGACCACAACGUGGACCAGGCUGGCACGGCUGUCAUUGUCAGCAAGACGCGCAACACUCGCCUGCCUGACAUCCGGUUCAAGGACCAGAUUCGUGAUGACCUGCUGUCCGAGGAGCCCAAGAAGCUGAUCCUCAAGCGGGACAGUGCUUCCUUUGAGGAUGGAAAGGAGAGCCCUGAGCGACAGUUGUCUCUGGAUUCGAGGAGGAGCAAGUCGAUCGAGGAGCGAGAGGAAGAGUAUGAGAAGGCCCGUGCACGCAUCUUCAACCAGGAUGAAGGGGUUGGGGACUCCCCCGCCAGCCGCAGUAGUCAAGAGGAGCUUCAGUGGAGCGGCGACAAUCGCCCCUGGAGCAGCACAGAUUCGGACUCGUCGGAGCGGCGCCGGCACUUGGGGGCGCGUCUCCUGCUCGCCCCCAAGACUGCCGAGGGGGUCGCGCAGGGUGAGCCACUGGCAGGAGGCAAGUUCUACUCUGUGCUGACCAAGAGUGGCCCAGGUGGCCCUGCUGUGACCAAGGCAAGCAGCUUUGGAGGCGUGUCCCUUCUGCAUCGGGACUCCAGCCUCACGGAGGCACGCAAUGCCGCCCUCAGGGCGGUUAAGGCCGACUCGUUCAAUGUGAGCUCGCUACCGACGGUGGUGCAGGCGCCACCGCCUGUAGCGACCUCACCCACCGAGGUGCCGUCACUGUCGGCUGCACCAGAGCCGGCAGCACCCACUGGGCCACAGGUCGGCGAAGAAGCGAGUCCCGUGGCUGCUGUCGCAGCACCCCCACCACCACAUGUUGCAACCACUGCUCCGCAUGCACCUAGGCCACAGCUUUACGUGGCACAGCUUCCAUGGGGUGCUGCACCUAGGGAAGCGGGUGCUCUGUCCUUGCCACCUAUGUGGCCAUUGGCAGGACCAUCGGUGCUGGAGGCAUCAUCCUUGACUCCAACGGGCCUGCUGCUCAACCCUCAGGCUGUUGCUGGUGUGCCGCUGGUAUCGCCAGACAUGGCAGGUGGGCUGGUCCAAGGAGUGCGGCCUCGAGGUGGGCCGGGCCCCUUGGGCGGUGGCGGUCUGUUGCUGAGCCCGCUGGCUCCUCCACGGGGGCCCGUCCCAGCCCACCCACACCAUCACCAACACCAUCACCACCACCACCACCCGCACCAACAGCAGCCGCCGCAGCAGCUGGUGUACCUGCCUUGCGUACAACCACCGACCAGUCUGGAGGCUCGCAAGCCUGGCCUCCUGGACACUCAGGAGCCACCAGGGUGCGAGGCAGUGACGGGGCAGCUGAGUUCGCUCACUCUGGUUGGGGGCGAGUCUGCAGAAGGGGCCGGUGGGGCGGGCCACCCCCCAGGGGGAUUUCUCGUACAGGCGCCCCUGCAGCCGGGCUUCCUGGCAUUGCCUGGGCAUCCACCGCCAACCCAGCAGCAACAUCAACAGCAGCAACAGCAGCAGCAACAGCAACAGCAGUCGCACGCAGCACCUACAGUCUCUGUCCAGGGUCCCAUUUAUUAUGUACAGCCAGCGCCGCUUACAACAUGCGGGCGCAACUACGUUUCCUCUGUGCCUGAAGCUCAUGCAAAUCCACAGUUGGGCCUGGCAGCGGCAGGCCCCCAGGCAGGUGCGCUAAUUGCUGGCAGCCCGGUCGGGGGAGGAUCCUAUCCAGUGUGGGGCUACUAUGCACCCCCCAUGGCUGGCCUUAGCAAUGGUGCUGCCGAAGCGGGGCCCCCUCCCCCCACGGCCUUUGUGGGAACCUUUGCGGCUCCCCUGACGGGGCAGGGUGAGCCCUACCACCAGCACCACCACCACCAUGCGCCGCCACAAUCUGCCGCCCCCCCUCAGUCCCAGCACCAGCAACUGGUGCCCAUGUAUCUUGUGGCCACCAGCCCACCGGCUUUGCCACCUCACCAGCAACCACCCCCACCUGCCAGCCUUCCCCUGCGGUACCUGCGACCGCAGACGCCCCCGACCAGCUCAGCCCAAGCACAGCAGCAGCCCCUAGUGGGUUAUGCCCUCUGCUCAGCUGGACCACCUGUUGGGCCACCCCAGCACCCACUGCCGCCUAUGGUUACCGCCUUCCAGUCAUUGGUGCCGUGUGUGGCGACACGUCCUGCUGUGGCAAGCAAUGCGGCGGGAGCUAGCCGUGCCUCUCUGGUCGGUCCAGCAUCGUUUGCUGUGGGCCUACCAGCCUGCGGCAUGGCCAAAAGUGGCGCACCUUACCUAGGCAUGGGAGUACCCACGCACCCUGGUGCAACAACACCGUACGGCGAUGGUUCUCCAGGAGAAAGAGUGGCGUCCAGUGCAGAUGCUUCGUCUAUGGACGUGCGGCUGCUUGGCCAUCCACUGCAGCAGCAUCACGACGGGCCACCACCAGCCAUGCUGAGGGGAGCACUGCGGUUCGUGCCACAAGCUCCACCUGCCCCAGCCACCUUGGGGGCUCGUCCACCCCGAAGCACCCGCAGACAGCCACGAGCAACACCCCGUGCCCCCUCCAAUCCACCCAGCUCGGCCCCCAUGCCCACAGCAUCUAGCACAACUCCUGCGGCAGCAGGUGGUGGCCAGGUGUUGGAAGUGCUGGGCCUAGCCGACGGUCUGCAGCCGAACGAAGUGGAGCAGCAGCUGGAGCCUCUGUUGCGGCUCGGGGCACAGCUGAAGCGGGUGGGCACAAGCCCGUCGCAGCUGCUGGUCUGCUUUGACUCCGCAGCCGCUGCGCAGGAGGGCACUCCUCAUGGCUGGCCUACCCUUUCAGCUGCGGCCCUUGCCUACAGUGGCUUCGUCCUCCACCGAGCUGCUACCCCCACCUCCUUCGUCCAGCUAGCGCCUCUGCGUGACAACAUGCUGCAAAGAAGUGCCGAGCAUGCAAAGAGCUGGGCACGGCAGGAUGCCCUACGACCACCCGGCAGGAGACCUCGCAGUGUUUCUGUCCCAUCUCUGUUGUGCUGUUUGAAGGGCCUUGCAGCAAUGGCUUUUCCGUGGUAAACUUCACGAUUGUGCGGCACAGUAAAACAUGAAAUUUAUUUAAUUAUUACUAUUUGGUCACUAUAAAUGUCAGUUUCCUCCCGCAAGCUGCUUCCCGGUGUCAAAGUGAGGGUGCAAGCAGCAAUGCUGCUUAGGAACGGGGGUCUAUCGAAACAACAUUGGCAAAUACGGCUCUUUGCCCGAUAAAAACACAGUCACCAGAAGAGAUCAUUGCUGCAUGGUACUUAUAACAUUCUAGAUGCUUUUUGGGAGAUGAGACAAAAAUGAGUAUAAAUUAUCAGCCAUUCUGACGUGCUACCCAGGCAACCCUUGAAACUUGGAAAGACAUUCAAGCCACUGUGAUUGGCUGCACAUCACAAGUGGUCCUGGGUAGGCUAAGGUAAUGCAUGCUAAAUAGCCUGAGUCACUCUUUCAGUUGUGUUAUGACUUAGUUGUGUUUUGUACUACAGACAUUCAUAAGGCAUCUGAAACAACUUGUAGCUUUAAUAUAAGUAUGCUCUCUUCUUUAACUUUGCAGUCAUUGCAAAGGCAUAUUGAUCAUCCCUCAAUGUGUAACUGCCCUGUUCAUUCUGAUUUAGGAACUACGGUUUAUCUGAGUAGAGGCACACAUCUGCUGAGCCAAUGAUACUUUCUGCACCCCUUAUCCGGCAACGUUACAUCAUCUUACACUGCGCUUUUUCUAUCGUGGCUAUAACCGAAGUGACACAAUCCCAGUCGCCCUAGCACACCACAGGGAGGUUUCCUGUCGGGUUCAGCACGAAAGCUGAUUGGGAUGUGAAGCAUAAGUUGGGAGCUCUCUGCACUCAAUAGGAGGCCAAACCUGCACAUAUGCCUCGGACCGGUUCUGUUAUUGCACAAAAUUUGGGAGACCUGAGUGUCCUGUCCAACUGAAUAUGCGAAGCCGAAUACGGUAUGCAAAGAGCCACACAGCGUGGUAGUGGGAUGUGUUCCUGUCAGCUGCAAGGAUGUGCGGAGGAUGUGUGCCACACAGGCUUGUACACUUAACCCUGACGUGUUUUUGGAGAAGUGCUCACAAAACUGACCUCCGAAUAGCCCAAGGUGGCACUCGUGCCACCUGCCUUUGUAAAAUGUUGAUAGGUUUACACUCUCAAAGGAAAAAAAAAUGAAAUUUUUGGGCAUGUUUCAGUGGCAGUGUUGUACGAGCCGGCCAUUUAUGUUAUAAGGGAAGCAGGUGGGUAAAAGUCUGUCUUUUACGUUUGUUUGGAGUGUUUUGCUGUCCAUGUUUUGUUGCUGCCAUAAAAUGUGCAGAGUUGUUUUUGCAAUUGUUCCGAGGGCCCUUCUUGAAAAAUUGCUGCUGCAGCAGUGUUCACGGGUUGUUUUUCAUCAUAGCUAGCAUUGCGAAGCAGCUCCGAUUACUGCUGAUGCUCGCGGGAAAGUGCCCCGCCCCCUUCCUGAACGAAGUACAGUGUAUAUGUGUUUGUGUGUGUACCCUGUGCAGAAGACAUAGUAGGGGUCCUGUGGCCAGCACAUAGUCAGCGUGUGCCACGGCAGCUGUGGUCUUGGGGACACAGGAGGUGACAGCUGCGUAACGUGGCAACGCAUAGCUGUCUAUCUUGGCAUUGACAAGCAGUCAAGAGUUUAUUGCAGUCUGCGUGCAUCCUCUGAAAGAAGCUCUGCCUCCUCUAGACAUUGUUUGCACCCAAAGGUUAGGGUUGUUACCUUGUAGGAAGGGACCCGCCCGGGUUCAGUUCCACCUGGCAAAACUCGCGAUUCGCCUAGUUUCCAGCCAUUGCAUUGCAUUGCUAGUCAUCGUGUAGUACUUUCCUCAUAUCUGCCAGUUUUUUUAUAUUCUGGAAGAUUUAGAGCAGAAUCGGUCAGUGGCGACAUGCAAGCACUAUCACGGUUCUCUGCGGGUGAAAAUAGACAAGGCAUCGGCCCUGUGCUGACUAGCUGGUUGCUCUAUGGAAUAGCUACAGAGUGAUGCAGUGGUCGUACCCGUGCGUGUAUGUCAGCCACGUUCUUUUACCCUAGUCUGUGUGCGACACCACAGUGUGUUGAAAGCUUGAACACACAUUGUGACACCUUUUAGAACUUUGUUGCAUUUUUUUCUCUUUGUUCGUACCUGGGAAGGCUUUGCACAGACAGGCAGCCACAAGGAGAGGAUUUUUGGUGGGCAAGAUCAACAGAUUUUCUGUGGUUGUUUAAUGGAUGGACAUGAUUUUACUAUUACUUUGCUGUGUGCCUGAAACGGGUGUGCAUUCUCUCCUCGAGUCGUGUGCAGUCAGACUGGGCUGGUCGCAGUGACUGCCAUGAUUUGAGUUGUCCAACUUGGCACAGCAGUGCCCCUGGCGAGCACAGAAGCCAAGUGAGAGGUUGCAGCGGGCAUUGCAUGUGUGUGGCCAUAGGAACUCCUGUCACUUUUUUUUGGCCUGUGUUGAGCUCCACCGUCGCGGUAUGUUGUGUGCUACAACCCAGUGUGCCAACAGUCGAGUCACCAACGCGUGUGACCAAGUUACACACCCACGCCACAGAAAGCUGCGAAGGAAAAAAAGAAAGGCAGCACUUCUGUUUAAUCUGUGAGGCACUUUGCAGUGAGAGCGAACUGCGUUUCCAGUCACCGACCUCUCCGCAAGUCAUCCUGUUUUACGCCCUUUCGCUUCUUGCUCUCUUGAAGGAGGCGCUCGUGGGGUUGAGUGUUUCAGAAGUGCAUCAGGAAUAUUUAUUUAUUAAAAGUUGAACUUUGCUUUAUUAUACCUGGGCAUUGAGCGUUGACCCGGGAACUGUGAGAGUUGGAUGUAGAUGAAGAGUGACGUACAUGCAGGUGAUUGUUGCACUAUUGAGAAGCGUAUUUAUAAAAGUUGCAGCAGCUGUUCUCCGACGCAACGGCAGCCGCAGCGGCACCCUCUACGCCGCUGUCUGGUCGAGAAGAGACAGAAUGACGGCAACUGUAAAGGCAGUGCAUUGUGUGCCAAUUGUUAACAGAAACAGCGGGACAACACUCGCAGUGGCCAGUUGGGUCUUGCUUCUGCACUGUCCGAGCACAUGGCUCAAGAAACUGUGGAGCAUGCGCCUACUCGCAAGCCAUGCGUUGGCGCGAAAGGAGUAAGAGAAAGGCAGAUGUUGCAGUGACCUUUGCCACAAUGUUUUUUUUUUUUUUUACAUUCCGUGAAGUUUUAGAGAAGGCAUGGAGACAUACGGAGGACGUGCAUGCAAAGCUGACCACAAAGCUGCAUCACUUUCUGGCAAAUAAUAAUAAUAAUAAUAAAAGAACUGACACAAUCGAAAGGAACAGAAGCUGCAGCAAACACCUGGGAGGAGGAUGGAGAAGAAGCGAGGGGAUCACCCGCAUCUCAUAUGCAAUUAAAAAAAAAAUACAUAGGCCUUGUUUUCCCCUUAGUAGCAGCCCACCUUGGACGUAGCUCCUCCUCCCCUACACCGACCACGUAACCCCCAACACCCUCUGCAACCACAUUUGAGGGCUGGGAGGUCACUACGUACGAGCAAGCGCUGUUCUUCCGGCCUCUGGUGUACAAAACAAAAGUGCGCCACGCGUGCAGUGGCCAGGUGCCAGCUCAAGAACGAAGCCUUUGUCGCCGGCAGAGCGACGAGGCCAGCACCUGGCUGCCGCCGUUCGGCAGCUCGUCCUCCGUUCCCGCUCAGAGAGAGAGGCUUCGGAAUCGUGUCGUUUCCUCUCAAUUCCCACUGCACACCUUGGGGACCUUCGCACUGCGGAGAACAACUGCAAGAGGCGCGAACACCAUUCUGGCCGAAGGGAGUAUGUUGAGGUGGUGCGUCGAGCCUCGACAGGCGUUGGCGACCACGACGGCGUCUGCUUGCUGAAGGACAGCACGUCGUGACAAAUUUCAAAGGGAAUCUGGACACGCGGAAAACGACGACAAAAGGCCGUAGAGUUUUUUCUAGGUGUUUUUUUACAUUUUUUUACAUUGCCAGAAUUGUUUUGUGGUGUCACGUCCCAUGCGCUGCAAUCACUCAUGUUAGGAAGAAAUAAACCUGUUGGAAUUUGUC